AUGGCUAGUAGUUCCCUCGACGCUUCAAAUCUCUACGUCUCUGGUGUUACCCUCGAUUUCAGCAACUCGAACAAGAAUGUGAAGUCUGCUGAAGUACGGAUUAGCCAUAGGUCGUCCAUGCCAAUCAAAAGCGGGGCAGAAAAGGUUUUGCGAAAGGCGUUUUCUCCACCCAUGAAGCUUUCUAUUGGAGAUACAUUGUCCUUACGUCUGCAGUACAAGAAAUGGCUUGGGCUGAAGACCGAGCAUGAUGACGUUGAUUUCGAACUAAAAGACAUGUUCCACGUAUGUGGUGCAAGAGAACGACAAGAAUACAAAAAGGUUCAUGAAAACAUCACCAUUGUCAUCGAACUUUCCGGGAAUCCAACAACUGAACAGACCGAGCAGUUUCACUCCUCCGAUGAAACCCUGGAGCUCCGGCCUACCACUGACGAAAUCUUUCAGAAGUGUCCUCAGUUCCGAAUUUUGGUAAUAGGAAAGACUGGCGUUGGCAAGUCUUCGCUGAUCAACCACGCAUUCGGAGUAAAGAACGCGAUGGCUUCGCACGAACAGCCGGGCGAGGCCAGCAUCGAUCACGAAUUCAUCUCACCGCAGAACGACAGAUUUGUUCUUCACGAUAGCAAAGGUUUUGAACCAGGGGAAAUAGACAACCUGAAAGUUGUCCGAGAUUUCAUUGAGCGCCGGAGAGUAAUGCCUGAUUUGAAAAAUCGGCUACAUGCUGUUUGGCUUUGCUUUGAAAUACCCUGCGCAGGCGGGCGCUUACUAGAAACCGGCGUGGAGCAAUUUCUCACACUGAUGCGCAAAGGAGAACUGGGAGGCAUUCCUAUUGUUGUCGUUUUCACUAAAUUCGACACCCUCCUCGUUCAUGUGGAGCGAACUCUGGACAAGUCAACUAUCAAGGGUUUGGACAAUGCGGCCAUCCAAAAACGCAUAAAGGAAAGCGCGGAAGACAAGCUAAAGGAAGCCUGUAUCGCACCCCUGGAGAAAUUUGCAGGGUCCGCAAAUGGACACCACGAGGAGACCCUGGCCCGUUUGAUCCGAACCACGGAAGAACUCGUUUGUAAGCAUGUUGGGACCGAUGCGUCGGUGACGACGUCUGCCCCUCAGCGAGUGGAUCCUGGACUGAAGAUAAAGGCAUCGAUAGAGGUUGGCAAGAGAAAAUACUGGAAGGCACUCGGAUCAAGCGCACCAUUCAAGGACCGUUCUAUGUGGGACUGUCUGCAUGUGCUUCACACUGACAUUGUCAAGGUGUGGAACUUCCACGACCCUAACGAUUACUUGUGCAGCCCAGAGUUCAGGAUAUUGAUGGCGAACAUGGCCAAUGAGCUAGAUGUCGGACCCAUUGGUAAUGCCAACAAGAACCUCGCGUUUGGGCUGUCCAUUGUGGGUACUAUUGCGGGCAUCGUGUCCGCACUGGCCGGACCUGCUGCCCCCAUCGUAUUACCAAUAGUGGCGAGUGUUGUGAUCGCGAAAUGGGUUCACGAGGUGUAUCAGCAGUCCUGCUUGGCGCUUCAACGCUUCAUGAUAUACAUCAUCGACUUAACUCUCGUGCUGCAGACGCUGUAUCUUGUGUCUGAAAACCAGGAACUGUCUCGUAGAGCCAUCAAGCUUGCGAUCAAGUCCUACCACGACUCACCAACGAGGGGAAGGGUGCAUAAUCGGAUUCAGGAGUACGAGAGGCAAUUGACCAUUUUGGCACGCGCGGACCGGGAUUCAUUGGAUGAAUUCGUCAAGCUGCUACAAUCAUAUAGCAUCAGUGCAGAAGAAAUGAUGGUUCUUCGGAGCAAACUUCCUGUUGUGGAUUUAUCUUCGGAUGAACCGUGGGACACGGCCGAGAAGUCUAGCACUUGA